UUGCAUCGAUCGCUGCUCCGCUCUGCUCUGCUCAGCCACCCAUCGAGCUAUUUAUAACCCCACCUCCACCACCACCGCAUGUCCAGACCAGACCGAGUUGUUAGCUCAUCUGACACCAUUCUCCGCUCCGGUGAGGAGACCCACCACUUCCACUUCCACCUCCUCUUCCGCCUCGUCUCCCGCCGUGACAACACAAGAUGAUGCCUCAGAGCCUGGAUCUUGGCCUCAGCCUCGGGCUCACCUCGCAGGGCAGCCUGUCGUCGUCCACCACCGCCGGCUCCUCCGGCCUGUUCUCCCCCUGGGCCGCCGCGCUCAACUCCGUCGUGGGGGACGUGAGGCGGGAGGCGCAGCAGCAGCAGGCGCUGGAUCCGGACCAGGGGAUGAGGGCGUCCACGUCGCCGGACAGCGCCGCGGCGCUCUCGAGCGGCGACAGCGUCAAGAGGGAGAGGGAGCUAGAGAGGACGGGCUCCGGCGGCUUGCGUGCCGCCGGCAGCGAUGAGGAGGACGGCGCGGACGGCGCCGGCGGCCGCAAGAAGCUGCGGCUGUCCAAGGACCAGGCUGCCGUGCUCGAGGAGUGCUUCAAGACGCACAGCACGCUCAACCCCAAGCAGAAGGUGGCGCUGGCGAACCGGCUGGGGCUGCGGCCGCGGCAGGUGGAGGUGUGGUUCCAGAACCGCCGCGCCCGGACCAAGCUCAAGCAGACGGAGGUCGACUGCGAGUACCUCAAGCGCUGGUGCGAGCGCCUCGCCGACGAGAACAAGCGCCUCGAGAAGGAGCUUGCCGACCUCAGGGCGCUCAAGGCCGCGCCAUCGCUCGCGGUGCCCUCCCCCGCCGCCACGCUCACAAUGUGCCCGUCCUGCCGCCGCGUCGCCACCGCGGGGGCUAACCAGCAGCAAUGCCACCCAAAAUCUAACGUCCCCGUCGCGACCGCGGCCGCCGUCGCCGCCGGCAAUGUGCUGCCCAGCCACUGCCAGUUCUUCCCGGCCGCCGUUGACCGGACAAAUCAGAGCACGUGGAACGCCGCCGCGCCGCCGGUCACCAGAGAGCUCUUCUAAGAUCGAUCGAUUUCGGUAUCUCGCCAUCUCAAGGCAGAAGAAGGUGAUCAAUCGAUUCGUUAGAACAAGUUCUCAGUAGGAUCUCGCAGGUGGUGGUUGGGUUAAUUACUUAAUUAAUUACGAUUAAUCAUGAGAGGAGAUUGCUUUUUUUUUUUUUUCGAUUAACUCAGUUGGGUUUCUGAAAAUGACGACGACGAUUCGACGAACGAACAAACAAAGAUGGCUGUCUUCUUUUUCCUGGACGCCGUGUAAACCAGUUCACCUAAUCUGCUGGUUGGUGAAAUAACAGUGUGAUUGAUUGAUCAUUUGAUUGUACUAAUUGAUUGAUGAGAAAAGUUAAUGAAAGCCUUUACAAAAUUCUGGCCCAAGAAGAGUAUCUGGAGCCAUGUCGAUCAUCAA